UUUUCAGACACUGCAGAAAUUCAUGAAUACUUGGGUGAAACCGUUCUGUUCUCACAGCUUCAUAAUGACCUUACUAACAAGGUGGAUAUCAGCCCCAACAGCGUUUCUUCUCUUACAUAUCUGGAGAGCAAAAGUACAUGCUUCUGGAAACCCAGAGGAGGAAAUCGAUUACACCUAUGUUAUUAUAGGAGUUACUCUGGGAGCAGUUCUAGCAAUCGGUUUUGUAGCAGUAAUAAUCUGCAUGAUCAAAGGCAAAGAGAUUGACAGUGCCUGUGGAGAGUCAGAUGGCAAAAUGGAUAGAAGGUCAAACACGGGAUCAAGCCAAAACAGAUGACAGCAAUGCAAUAAGAAACCAAAGUACAAGAGAUCAAUAACCCUUUUGCAAUCAACAGUUACCUGCUCUGAGGAUCAAUAGAAGUCUCUUGUGCACAGGCAGGAAUCUUACCAAUGCCAAUCCUUUUCUUUGUUCUUUAGCUGAAAGGCUGAUUGAUUGUUUACAGGAAGACCUUAUAGUGCAGCUAACUUCAAUCACCUGCACCCAUAGUCCCCUCAGCAUAUAUAUAUGAAGGAAAUGUAUGAGGAAAAUAAAAUAGAUGAGCUCAGUUCACCAAUAGAACCUCUUUAUUCUGUGAUAAUUAUAUGAUUGAUUUCUAAAGUCAGUGAAAUACCAGGUAAUCAGAAAGGUGGCAAUACAAUUCAGCAGCAGAAUUCAUGGUCACACCCAUAUUUCAAGAUAAAUAAAUAAUGAUUUCAGCAACUUGGAAAAUAAUUCAUUUGAGGUUAAAAUAAAACAAGGUUUCUCUUUUAUUUCAGGGAAUAUAUGUUUUGUGUUAGUAAGAAAACAUUUCAUUAAUUUAAAAUUUUAUUGUUUUUAGAUCUAGAACUGAUGUCUUUUCUAGGUGGUAGUGAUGAUUUCAACCAUUAAAAUUAAUUAUGGCCAUUUAAAAUUCAAAAUGCCUUUUAGAAAUAAUGGUUUUUCAUGUUCUGUUGACACUUUAUGUCAAAACUGUACAAACAAGCUAAUCUGUUAUUUCCAGAAUUUCCCUAUCCUUAUUUUUUUAGUAUAAAACUAAGUUCAGUCAGAAUUUGUGAAUAAUUUGAGUUUCCCAGCAUGUUCAUUCUUGGUCUAGCGUUAUAUGUACUAGUGGACUUGAAGUCAUCAAAAUUGCUUUGCCUGGCUCCAAUUACAAGCUUCUUACAGUGGGAGUGAUGAGAAAAAAAAAAUAGAGCUUUGUUUCAAAACAUUUAGAGUAGUUUAAAUAAUUUAAAAUAAUUUAAACCCAAGUUAUUCUGUAAACACUUUCCAAAUUUUACUAAAGCUUUGAGUCGGUGGCUUUGGUCUCAGUUCACAAAUUAAUGCUGUAGAUUCUAUUCUGUUUAAUCCUCUUCUUUCAUGAAUGCUGUAUAUAACAUUCUGUUAUCACAAGGUGCAAGAAAACAGAAAGAUUUUUGUAUUUCAAGCCAGGCUUUUCUUUCAACCUGUGAACACAGGGCAGCCAAUGUCAGCUGUGGGAGCUUUGGGAACUCUUAGCCAGCAUCCUCUGCUAUUCCUACAGCUUCUCUCAGGAAACCCAGCAGAACUUCAAGCCUUGGGUGCCUCAGGUAGCUGGAAUGCCCAGCUUAAUUAAGUAAUAUCCUGAUAUUUCACAGGCAGAGCUUUAUGUUGCAGCAUUACAGGACGACUCCAGGAUGUUACACUGUUUUAUUCUAUCUUACCAUUAUCCAGAUCCAAAGACCACAACCUGUAAAUAAAUAGGAUCUUCAUAACCUUUUAGCUCAAGCCAAUGUCUAUAGACAUAUGGGUUUUUUUAGAUCUCUCACCUUACAUACAUUCUUAAAGUUCACUUUUAUACCUGUUUCUGCUCUCAGAGUGGCAGAUCAUAAUAAAUAAAGUUCUUUCCAGCUUUCCACUAAUAUAAGAGAUUUAAUCCAACCUAAAAAAAAAAAAAAAAAGGAAAUAGUAAGACUGAAUUACAACCUAGAAAUUCUGGGUGUUAUUAAGAAAUAUUGCUCAUAAAAAUCAUGGAGACCAGGUCUUCCCAUCCAGUAAUCAGCUUUCAGAUCAGGCAGAGGCUGAUAUGAUGGGUCAGGGACUUAGAGGAAACAUGCUGUUAGAGCAUAAGAGCAGAUAAAUCAGGAUUUUGUUUUUAUAAAGAAUAAGCUACUGUACCACUUGUAACUGUAACUAAAGUGAUUUCAGUAUGGGUGGUUUUUGACUUCCACAAAGCAGGUCAUUUGUCAAAUGUGCAAAGGAAACUGGAUAGCAGUUUUCCCACAUAUUUUGAACAACAAAAUGUAAAAUUUAUUUUGAGAGAAGAAUGAUAUCUUGGAAUACUUUCCCUGUUUUCCUAGGGGUCUGUUACCCACUUCAGUCACACUGCAGUUCAUUAGCAGCAUUUGCUAACAGAUAAACUAAAGCAGUAAUGUGAUACUUGUAAGUAAUUGUGUGUACAUGUGUAAGUGAAUAAAGCAUCUUGUAAGGUAUCUGUUAACUGAUUUGCUUCCUGUAGUAUCAUUUUAAUUAAGACUUGGAACAGAAGUGAGAGCAUGUGGUCAGGGAGGGAAGCUAUCACCUUCCCUUAUUUGUGUGAAAAAAUGUUUCAGUACACAUCAUUUCAGUACACUAUGGGAAAUAAAGAUGAAAAUAAACAAGAAAUGCUAAGUUACAAGCAGUAAGGAGAAAGGCCUGGAGAAUUAAAGUUGGUAAUCUUGAUCAGGCAACUGUGCUGGAGUGGUGAAUAGGUUAUGAUUUCUCAAAAUCUUUUGGUGUGUGCCUUGGCUCCCUGGGAAUGGGGGCUCGUGAGCAAUAUUGAGACAAGACAGCUGGGCACAAGGGACCCUCAGAGCUACUGCUGCUGUCACUGAGAGGUUUGGGCACAUUCACACAGGGCUGCAGUCUUUUGCCACCUCAGGGAGUUGCUGUUUUGCCCAUUCCUACAAACAGCUUUACCAGCACCACUUGGAGCAUCAGCAGCUCCUAAAUUCAGGCCAAGCUGCACAGCAGUGCUUGGAAAUAACCAGUGAAGGAAAACUAGCUGAAAGGAACAUUUGGGAGGCAUUCAGUCAAAAGACUGAACAACAGACACUGUUAGCUGCACGAAUUUUUGAUCAAGGAUUCACCCAGGCAGUCAACAUCCAGCACAACAGGCACCUAUCUGCACUUGCCAGUUUGCCUGUCCAUGCCAAGCACCCCGGGCUCUCCCUGAGCUCAGGGCAUUCCCCUGAAUGGAUAACAGUGGGAAGCUCUGCAGAGUCAGGCUUUGGACACACGCCCCAGCACGUCAUGCUGGACCU